UUUUUUUUUGUAAACAGUGUGCUGUUUAAAUGUGAUAUGACUCAUUAUAUAUUUACUAUUGAUUUUUUUACUCGUAGGUCUUUCUUUAGUCGAUUAUCGAAAAUUUUUCAUUCUACUCAGAUCAUAGUGCGGCUAGAAAGAAAAUGAAGUUAUUUUUGUACAAUUAUGUUUUCGCGAGUGUGUUAAUUUCAGCCGAAGUGAUAACAUUAAUUAAAGAUAGUACUAUUACGUGUGUUUUAACAGGCGAUUCUGUUAACUCCACUAUAUACAUAAAAACUAAAGAUAACCCUGUAGAACUUAAACGAAUAAUCGAAGAAAUAACCAACAUACAUGACGAUGAUUGGCACCGAACAAAUUGGAGUGCUGACUUUCGGCCAGUACUUGAUCAACGUUGGACAACUUUUAGUGCAGACAUUAAAGAUCUGACAAUUAACAACCGAUUCUCACUGUGUUUAAAACAACAUUCGACAAAUAUUUUCAGUUACAUUCCAUACAUACCCUUUAUAAAAAUACUAAAUUUGCACACCGCUUGCCAGUGGGGACACUACGAAAUAAUGAAAAAUCGUACACAUGUGAAUCUAGUCAACACUGAAAACAACAAUGUUGUUAAUGAAAAAAAACUGGAUUUUGAUCUGGCAAGCCGAACAUUUUCUCCAGACAAUUUAAAUAUUAAAUUACAUAAAUAUGAAUUUAGAUACUCUACAACAACUAGCACAAAACCAUCAUACAUUAACAUAACAUCUUUGAGUUGCGUCUCUUUCUAUGUUUCUGUUGAUGAAGGAUGUUAUCUGAAAAUUUCGGUACGACCAGAAAACAGCAUUAAAAACAUAACUGGAUUUAACGAAAAGACCAAAUUAAAACAGUGGAAAAAAUACGAAAUAAGGACUGAUCCUAAAGCAAUUAAUCAAACACUUUCGGUUGACAGAGGACGAUACGACGACCGUAUGGAAGGUUACUGGGCAAUCGAUGAUAUACACAGUUGUAGUUCCGAAAUAGUUACUUAUCGAACCGACUUGAAUACACCCUGGACUAACCAGAUUUGUGCAGAAUUAAACUCAACUGGCUCUGUAAGUGAAUUUUGUGACAAUGCCACUCUAGGAAAACAGUGUCACAUUAAAUGCGAUGCAGUUUUUGGGACGUUAUAUCCCAACUGUGAGAGCCAUCGAAUUUGCGUGUCACAAAAUAAAUGUCACUGUGCCUGGGGUUUCAAGGGAGAAAACUGUACCGAAGAAUGCGGAGAAGAUUCUUGGGGAUUAGAUUGUUUGAAAAAUUGUACUAACUGCGAAAAAUGUGAUAAGAAAACCGGAUGUCAAAAAUGUAAGCCACAGUACUUCGGGGAACACUGUGAGUAUAAAUUUACCGUCGUGAAAAAGCCACCUAUUUUAGAACCUAGUGACGACGAGUCGAUAAAAAUUUUAACAAAUAUUGAAUAUGGACAAGACGAAGGGAAGGCAGAACAUUAUUAUAUUCAGUGGAGAAAGCUUGAGAGCAACGAUGGGUUUCAAAAUUACACAGACGAGCAAUUCCCCAUUUCAAAAAAUAAUGAAUCGUUCUCAUUAAAUUUUUCGCGGGAUGAUUCUUAUCAGUUUAGAAUACUAUUGGUUAGCCAUAAUUCAUCAUUUCAACAAGGUACCAUCCCGGAGUUAACAGUAUACAAAAGUAAGUAAUUAAUAUAAUAAUACAAUACAGGGUGUUUUUGAAAGGUAUGUAAAAAAAGUAACGGGAAAUUGGACAUGAGGACACAUGUCAAACUUAAAAUCACCUCAAAUCAAUUUUUUGUUUUUGAGACAAAAUUCGCAAAAAAUGGAUCAAAAUUGGGCAUGCGCCACUGAUUUAUGGCAAUUCGUUGUUUGUUAAGCAACACUUGCGGCGGGCUAACUUUACUUCCAGGUAAAGAACAAUAAUCGUAGUUCGGCAACAGAAAGAAUCAUUUUUGACGUCUUUUCGCCGAAAUGCAUUCAAAGAAGUUUUCUUGAAAAAUGCGAAGUUAUACAAAUGCCGAAAUGACCGACAUGGUCUUAAU